AUGGAAGAAGCAGCCGGUUGUCCUCCCGGAAGCGAUCUCUCCAUCGAUACUAUCUCUAACACUGCCCGCUGCUGCCCCACUACGAUGGCUUGGGACGGCGAAGUCUGUGUUAUUGGAACCUAUUUCAAUGGCAAAUGUCCCCCAGGUUUCACUCAAGCCGGCAAGAAAUGCCAGAAGCAAGCGACAAAGUUACCUGAAUGUCCCCCCGGCUCGACGAUGAAUGGCAGGUUCUGUGCCUCAACCGAGCUCCCUGAAUGCCCUCCUGGCCACAUUCUAGAAGGAACCAUCUGUUCCGUCAUCGAGAAGCCCGAAUGUCCUCCCGAAUUGACACUCGCUGGUGAGAACUGUAUUUCCACUGUCUCAGUUAGUUGCCCUACUGGAACCAGGUUCGAGAGAGGCAUGUGUAUCAGUAUUUCCCAACCCGUCUGCGAGGAUGGAUUCACCUUCGACAGCACCAAAUGCAUCUCCAACACCCGUAUUCCCGAAUGUCUCGAAGAGGGCAGCACUUUCGACGGCGAGGAGUGUGUCACUCCCCACUUUCCCACCUGCCCUGACGAUACAGUCUUCGAUGGCACUCGCUGCAUCUCCACUAUCACCCCCGUCUGUAGCCCUGAGUUCAUUCCCAAUGGUGAGGGCGAAUGUAUCACAACCUCUAUCCCUCAGUGCAAGCCAGGCUCUUCUUUGGUUGCUGGCAGCUGCAUCGUUGAAAUUCCCACCUGUCUGAAAGGAACAAUCUUCGAUGGCAAGCAGUGCAUCAGCCCCAAGGACCUCGAAUGCCCACCUGAUCACAAGUUGAGCAACGGGAGGUGCAUCAGUUUGGUUAGCAUUGACUGUGAACCUGGUUACACCCUGUUAAACGGCGAAUGUAUCUCCGAAAACAAACCAGAGUGUCCUACUGGAACCACCUUCGACGGCGAGGUCUGUCUUGGCUCCAUACCCGAAUGUAAUGAAGGAAUGGUAUUUGAUGGCGAGGACUGCGCAUAUCCCGAAGAACCCAGCUGCCCCUCAGGAAUGAGAUUUAAUGGCAAAGGUGUGUUGCUGAGGACCAGCCUGGUUGCCAGGCUGGCAAUGUCUUCGACAAAAAGUGCAAAAAGUGCGUAG